AUGAAGCAUGCCUUAGCAUUUAUUAUUUGCUUUGAACGAGCUUUGCUCGAUGAGGAUGUGGAAUCAGCAUUCGAUUACUGCUCCGGUUUCAUCCGCAAUCACUAUCGACGCAUCAGGCGAUGCUACGAAACAGAACGUGGUGUACAGUUGCAACGGAAGGCAUUUUACCGUACAAAGUCCGCAAAACCAAAUCGAAUAACAGAGGUGCCAUAUUUGCUCAUUAACGGAUAUAGUCCUAAUCCAGACGCGAAUAAUCUGGAUAUUCACGCUUUGCAGUUAUUACUGAAAAAAUGGAUGCGAAUGUUCCGUUAUGAUUACUUGAGUGAUUGA